GUUGACACGGAGGGUCCUCACUGAAAGCGACAUGGAAGCAGAUCCCUCCCUCACGCACGCAGCAGUUGGCACACUCAACAAGCCAAAUCUCACCCAACCAUAUAGAAUAUUGCGAAAAGGGAUGAGACCACCCUGGCAGAUUUAGAUUAGCAUUAGAGAGGCCAGAUCGCCAUCCAAGAAUCAAUAGCAGGAAUCGAUCGCCUAACUAACCAAGCAAGCAAGCAAAGAGUCAGGGAGUGGGGAAAGCCGGAAAGGAAGAGCGACCGGCCGGCGGCGAUGUGCUGCGGCGGCGGCGACGGCGGCGAGUGCCGGCCGCUGGGGUGGCUGCUGGGCCUGCCCUUCGCGCUGCUCGCCGUCCUCGUCUCCAUCGUCGGCGCCAUCAUCUGGAUCAUCGGGCUGCCCAUCUCGUGCAUCUGCCCGUGCUGCCUGUGCGUGACUCUGGUGCUGGAGGUGGCGGUGGAGCUCAUCAAGGCGCCGCUGCAUGUCAUGACCUGGUUCACCUCCAAGAUCCCCUGCUAGCCUUUCAUGUCAUGUGUUCCUUCCUUCAUGUAAAAAAGAUGACGGGGUCAUGGCAGACCAGGAUGAUUUGUUUUUGUUAUUGUGCAAAUUGAGCUGUGAGCCUGUGACUACUGAUGAUCCAUGUGCCUGUUCUUCUGUUUCCUCGUGGGUUGAUUCGACUAUGAGAUGGAGUGAUUUCUCGUGCCUGUUGCUUUCUGGAACACAUGCACUCCAAGAUGAUUUUUUUCUUACUACUAGUAUCUUUCAUGGUGGUGAGCACAGUUCGUCCGUCGCCGAUUCCAUUUCCACCAAAAUUCAGAGGCAGCAACAUAGCCGAUCAGUCACAGGUCGCUGUCGAUGGCUCUGCCAACAAUUAUUCCUGCUGAUCCAAGUGGGAAUCCGGAGGGCGGUAGCUAGCUGGAGACGAAUGAAUUUGGGCAGCCUCCAACACCGGGCAGGGGAUCUCAAACGCGUGUAGUAGCAGAAACAGAGCUGCAAGAUGUAAUUCCAGCGGCCUACCAUGAUAUUCCUGUAUGUGAUGGCUCUUUUCAGUGUAAUCUUUUUGGUAGUCUCGGUAAGGUGACAAAUAAUUCAUGGGGAAGUGGAAUUCCUCUGAGCUGCUUCUAA